AAUGGUUACAGGAAGAAACGCGAGAAAUUAGAGUGGGAGGAGCGAUAUAAAGAUGAGCGUCUUGCCAACGAUCGGAAUAGAAGAAUAGAUCCGACAUCAUGUGGAAAUAUCGAACGAUCGGGCUUUUUGCCUCGCUGGCUUUUCUCUGUAUCCAAGCACAAGCUGCAGAGGUCAUAGUGAAACGUCAUUCUUUUGACGAUCUGGCUUCUCAUGGCAAACAAUUUCUCUCUAAUUUGCCUGGAUUAGGCGGUGGAUUAGGCGGUGGAUUAGGUAGUGGAUUAGGCGGAGGAUUUGGUGGAGGAUUUGGUGGAGGAUUUGGUGGUGGCGGUGGUGGUGGUGGAGGAGGAGGAGGUGGAGGUGGAUUUGGUAGCGGUGGUGGAUUUGGCAGCGGUGGCGGUUUUGGUAGCGGUGGUACUAAAGGAGGCUCCGGUGGCGGCGCUGGUGGCGGCACCGGUGGUGGUCUAGGAGGAUACGGCAAACCUGGAUGUAGUAGCGGAAGUUGUGGCGCUGGAGGCGGUGCUGGAGGCGGUGCUGGAGGUGGUGGCGGAGCUGGAAGUGGUGCUGGAGGAUACGGUGGCGCCGGAGGUGGUGGUUUAGGAGGAUACGGAAAACCUGGAUGUAGUAGCGGAAAUUGUGGCGCUGGUGGUGCGGGAGGAUAUGGUGGCGCCGGAGGUGGUGGCGGAGCUGGAGGUGGUGCUGGAGGACACGGUAGCGCCGGAGCUGGAAGUGGUGCUGGAGGAUACGGUGGCGCUGGAGGUGGUGCUGGAGGAUACGGUGGCGCCGGAGGUGGUGCUGGAGGACAUGGUGCCGGUGGAGGUGGCGCUGGUGGAUACGGUGGCGCCGGAGGAUAUGGUGGCGCUGGUGGAUACGGUGGCGCCGGAGCUGGAGGUGGCGCUGGUGGAUAUGGUGGCGCUGGAGCUAGCAGCGGUGCUAGUGUAGGAGGAUAUGGCAAACCUGGAUGUAGCAGCGGAAGUUGUGGCGCUGGAGGUGGUGCUGGAGGGUACGGUGGCGCCGGAGGUGGCGCUGGAGGGUACGGUGGCGCCGGAGGUGGCGCUGGAAGUGGAGGUGGUGCCGGAGGAUAUGGUGGCGCCGGAGCUGGAGGUGGUGCCGGUGCACAUGGAGCAGGAUCGGCUGGUAUAAUAAAGACUGGUCCUGGCGGCCCAGGUGGUUAUGGUGGUGCAGGUGGCGGAGCAGGCAGCGGUGGUUACGGUGGUGCAGGAGCUGGAAGUGGUGGUUACGGUGGUGCAGGUGGCGGAGCAGGCAGCGGUGGUUAUGGUGGUGCAAGAGCUGGAAGCGGUGGUUAUGGUGGUGCAAGAGCAGGCAGCGGUGGUUAUGGUGGUGCAAGAGCUGGAAGCGGUGGUUAUGGUGGAGGUGGAAGCGGCGGUGGAAGAGGCGGUGGUUACGGAGGUGCCAAUGCGAACGCCAAUGCUUACGCAAGCGCGAAUGCGAACGCAAAGGCGACAGCUUCCGCUAAUGCGCAUGCUUUUGCUGGUUCAACUGCAUCCGCAAGUGCUAAUGCAAACGCAAAUGCUGGUGGCGGUGGUUUCGGAGGAUUCGAUGACUUCGGUCCUGGCGGCCAUGGAGUCGAUCUCUUCAACCGUAUGGGCAAUAUCGAUGAGGGAGUUAGUAAGAGCGGUACCGUGGACAAAGCCAAAGGCGUUUAUAGCAGCAGUGGAGCCAAUAUCGAUUCUACCGGAAAGGGAUCGUACAAAGUGUCUGCUGGAAAAAUUGUUUAAGCGGUCUCUGAAAGAAACUCAAAUCGAUAUUCCGAAUCGAAGCAAAAUUUAAUCAGUUUUAAAGAAAUUUAGGAAGAAAGAAUUUAUAUGAAUUUCUAGAAGACUCGGCAGAGAUCUUGUGGAUUAUUUUUUAUUAUUGUUUACAAUUUACAAUGAAUGUUAUUAUAUUCAUGAUAAAUAAAAUGCGUCGCAUGACGCCAGAAAUCUCUUCUUUUUUCAAGAUUACAACUUAACAGCUGACGUGCAGUUCGAAUAAAUAUAUUUAAUCUGUAAACAAUAAACUAAGAGAAAUAUUUUUAUAAUUCAAA